CAAACAAAGAAGCGGUGAUGUUACAGUUUCAUCAUCUCUUUUUCUCAAUUCUCUGACUGAACAGUGAGCUAUGCAAGAGAUCACAGUCUCAUCCCCUGCUUCGCCGCCGCCGACCACCGCCGCCGCCGCCACCACCAAGAGACAUGGUGAUCGUGGUAAUGUCCAAACGACGUCGCUCACCGCUAAACAGGGUUGCCUAUCUUUCUUAGUCUCCUUGAAAGAGGGUUAUCAUUACUUCAAGGCCUCCAUUUUUGGCUUGACUAAGAAAGCCACUGCAAGAAAUGAGAGGGAAGCAACUGAAGCUGAGCUCAGAGCUGAAAAGAUGCAAGUUGAGGCUGCUGAUGCUGCUGAGGAUGCCAAAGCCAAAAUCCACAAAUCUGCCUAAUCCCUAAAUUAAUUAUUUAUUUAUUUGUUUUUAAUUAAGCUCAUAUUAGUUGUACUGUAUUAGUCUACAAAUGUUUUUAUAAUGUGAUAUUAUUAUA